UGGUGAAAGAUACUUUACCUUUCGUGAUACUUUCUGUUCCACAGAAUGAAUUAUAUUCUCUUGAUAUGUACUAAAUGUGACACAGAGAGGAUCAAAUUCUGUACGGAGAAAGCAUAUUAGCUCAACUUUUGUUCUGAAAAAAAUUCAUCACAUAAAGUCUGCGUUACAAUCAGAUUCAACCCACAGGUGGAUCACUGGGUAAUGCAUUAGGAAAAGCCACAUCUAAAACCUGUUGUUUGCCAUAGCAACACAAUUGAUAUAUCUUGUCAUCAAGUAGUUGGCAUGCAAAAGUUUGUACAAUAGAGACUUAUAAGAUCAGUUUUCCAAAUUAUAAGUGAACAAGUUAAUUUAAACAACAUGUCACAGUAUUGGCAUGGACACUGGACAAACGAAGCCUUCAGACCUGUACGAUUGAAAAAUUGGGAAGUGCCCAAUUGGCAUCCAUGUUGGCCGCAACGACAUUGCAAGACAACUCAAUUUAUGGCUGAUAAUCGGGGACGAAUUUUGGUUGGUCAGAAAAAAUCUACCCAAUCUCCAUGGGGACAUUUUAAGGGUACCUGGGAAUUACCAACAAAAAUUAGUAGACAGGAUGCUUAUGAACUAUCAGCUCCUCCUAAACAUAAAAUAAAUGUGUGGAUUCAACACAAGAAAGUCGAUAAAGAAGGUUGUGCUGAAAGAAAAGCAUUAAUAGGAAAGGAGAAAAUACGAAUACAGCCAACAAUUUGUGCUUCAAUGGCUGAUAAUGCAGUUAAAACUGAUGCAUCUCAAAAGGUCAAGUCUGAGCUACCCACCGGUGCACCACACAUUAUAGAUACUAAACCGACAACUGCGUGCACAAUUCAUGAUACUUGCCAAAUAUAAACAAUGAUAUUUAUGGGUACCUGGGAUCCGAAUAAAUCUCUUGAAGAAGUAUUAAUAUAAUUCUACUCCAAGUUUAACCAAGCAUAAGCAUCUUACUUAUUCAAAUAAUCCUAUUUUAAUUGAUCCGCAACCACUGACACAUUAUACCACAGAGGGUAUACUCAAGUAAUAUUAUUUUUCAUG